UGUAUUUAUUUAGUAUAUAAUUAAUGAAUUGAAUAAGAAGAAGAAGAAGAGAAGUAAUAGGUAUUUGUCUUUGUCUUUUUGUAUGGUUUUCCCCUGAAUCCCUACCAUAGAAUCUCCCCCAAAAUAGAGCUUCCCCUGUCCACAGUCCACAGUCCACUGUCCACAGUCCACUGUCCACUCCACAUCAUUAAAAAUUAAUGCAGAGCGUCACCCACCCUCUUCAACUAAUCACAUGGCUACUGCUGUUACUCGUCGCCCUUCCUUCACCCUCUUCGUUCUCAUUCUCAUUCUCAUUCUAUUCCUUUCCCAUGCCAGAGAAACGCCGCCGCCAGCUCCCAAUCUCACUGCUCCACCGCCGCCCGACACCCACGGCCCCGCCACGCCCUUCCGACCAGGCAUACCCGUCGUCGUCUGCGUUUUGACCACCCUCUUCUCCCUCACCUCCCUCAUGCUCCUCUACAUCAAGCACUGCAACGGCGCCGCCGGAGGAAACGCCACGCCGUGGACGGCGGCGGCGCCUUUGGACGGGAGGAAGAACUCCGGCAUUGAGCGGUCGGUGGUGGAGUCGCUGCCGGUGUUCAGAUUCGGCGCGCUGCGCGGGCAGAAGGAGGGCCUGGACUGCGCCGUUUGCCUGACGAGGUUCGAGGCGGCGGAGGUCCUCCGGCUGCUGCCGAAGUGCAAGCACGCGUUCCACGUGGAGUGCGUGGACACGUGGCUGGACGCGCAUUCGACGUGUCCUCUGUGUCGGUACCGCGUGGAUCCGGAGGACGUGCUUCUGGUGGAGGAUGCGAAGAAGAGAAGCAACGAGCGAGAAAGCGUGCGUUCGGGCUUGGACCUGGAGAAGCAGGAGAUGGUGGAGUCUCAUCGGAGGCACUCGUCGGUCGGGGAGAGAGAAACGCAGCAGAGCCGGAGGUGGACGGCGUCGUUUCGAAGGUCGUUGGAUAGCGCCACAUCGAGAAAGAAGAACAACGAGAGCGUUGGUUGUUUUGUGCGUACGAGUGCGAGAAAAGACGGGAUGUUGUUGACGCAAGAGACGGAGAGAGAGGGAGAUAGGACAAGCGUGGAACGGAGGUUGGAGCACAGGAUCAUUGUCUCCCCAGGCCCAGGCCCAGGCCCAGUCCCAGUCCCAGUCCCAUUGGGGGUCCAGCAGCGGUGGAGCGACGUGCUUCCUUCGGACCUGCUCUAUCUGACGUCAGAGAUGAUUAUGAGCGAGGCCCACGAUGUGAGAGGGUUUAUAAAUUCGAGAAGUGUUUCUGAGAUCACGGGAUUCAGCAGGUUCUCCAGCGUCAUCGAAGAGGGGCAUGGGCAUGGGCAUGGGGAGAGGGAGAGAGAAGAAGGGUUAGUCAAAAGAUGGCUAUUGGGUUGGAUUUCAAAGUCUUAAUUUGUUACUCACAAUUCACCAACUCCAUCAAUCUCCAAUAUUUGUAUGUUACCGCUUAGCAUAGCUUAGUUACCAAAUAGGAUUGGUUACUCCGAAGUCCGAACACAACAGAAUAUAAAGUGACUUAAUUUUUUUAACUCCA